UUGCUUCCUACAUGUAUGCCUGGAGCAAGAGAGUUGAUGCAGUCCUCGACUUGCCAUAAGAAAUUCUUUAGUUUUUUAAUAUGGAGAUCUUACUGCCAGCAUGUCGCAUCUGGUAUUCAAGGAUACAACACGAGCUUUAAUCCAACCAGAAGAGCUUUAGAUAGAGCAGACAAUGAAUUUGAACUGAUCGGACCCAAAGCCUCUUUCCAUGGGUCGGCCCUCAAAUUGGAAGAUGCUCCAAAACUUAAAUUACCUGAGGUUGCUUUUAUUGGAAGAACAAGUGUUGGUAAAUCAUCUCUCAUAAAUGCAAUCUUGAACAGGAAAAAGUUUGUGAAGACAUCAAAGAAGCCAGGACACACAAGACUUGUUAACUUUUUCAACAUCAAUUCAAAAAUGUACCUAGUGGAUCUUCCUGGCUAUGGAUAUGUGGAGGGUCUUGGAAGCAAGCGAGGAACUGAACACUUUGUCAAAGUUGCAGAGACUUACCUGAGAGAACGAGCUGGAAAAGAGUUAAGAAGUGUUUGUCUUCUGAUUGAUGGGAAAGUUGGGGUGAAAAAAAGUGAUCUCAUAGCAUUUGAAAUGAUGGGAGAGUUUGGUGGUCCUUUUCAAGUGAUUUUGACAAAAAUGGACAAGCUUCCCAAGCCAAGACACCAGGCAGUGAUUGAAGAAAUCUACAAAAUCAAAGAAAAGUUUUCACUAGACAAUUGCUUUCCCCAUGUAUUUGCUGUAAGUUCUACAGAAAAGACAGGAUUAUCAGAAUUGAGAUAUUUCAUCAGUCUAAAUGUGGGCUUAAAAAAUAGCGAAAAUUGGUGAACAAAACCAAGCCAAUGAAUGGAGGACUAUCAGAUGUACCUGUCAGAGGAGCAAUCUUCUAUUCAUGAAGUUGUUGUAUCGAAAAAAUGCGUCAUCCAUAAAGACAUAAUAAAAUAGAUAAAAAUUAAUGAGGAUUAAAGCAGAGCCACCACAUGCUCUUGGGUUACAAUGAGGAAAAGUAAAAGGAAGCAGCGCAUUGAAAUAUUUGUACGCCAGUGGAUGAAUAAUUUAGGGAUGAACAAAAGGAAUAAUCUUAAAAGGGGUAAUAAUCUUAAAAGGGGUAUCCCGUUGAGUGUAGCUUGCAGAACAUGUGCCAUUUUUUUGCGUUUUUUUUUUUUUCUUUUUUUCCCAGGCAAGUGGAAGCGAGUGCGAGCCGGGUGUCUCGCUUCCCGCACACACCUCUCACUGGCCCUGUCUCGUCUGAAAAACGCAAAAACACGGCCCCUGUCCAGGAGGGUAACCGAAAUGGGUUUACAAAAAGACAAAGGUUUUGUGCACCAAAAAUUUGUUCAUAAUUUCAUCAUAAAAAAAAAACAAGAAAAGCACUACGCGACUAGUUCUCGUCAAAGCCUCGAAAAUAAUAUCAAUGAGAAUAAUCAAGGCUCGUUAAACACAUUCCAUACAAAACAUACUUUAAUCAGCAUUCGUUAACGAUGGCGCUCAUUUUCUACUAAUAUAACUUUGUUGUUGUAUUUUGCGAGUGGAAGUCGUUUUAAUAAUACCAGAUUAAGAUCGUAUAAAAACGAACCCAGGUUGGUCCCCAGGUUAAUGUCCUCCGUCGAUUAAAAAAAACAAAAAUAAAGAACAAUUACAGAUACUAAAGGACUAUUACCAAUGAAAACGUUGAGAAUUAGUAACACGAGAGAGAUAUAACGUAAUAAUGAAAACGUAUGGGAAAAGAGCUUUAAAACCCUUGAAAAUCGUUAUUGAAGUUUUCAAUAGAUAAAUACUGUCCUUAUUUCGUCUUCACAGAAAACUCAAUAAAGUUAUUAAAAAAAA